AUGUCCUCCAUAGACAACUUUACAUUCAAGGGUGAAACUGGCAAAACUCUUAUAAAGUCUCCUGGAUCAAUCCAAGGGCAAGUUUUCAACCUCAUGCAGCUUGAAGGAUGUACAAUCUACUUACUAGACCACUCUGAUGCAGUUUAUGUUGAUGAAUGCCGUAAUUGCACAAUUUUUAUCGGUCCUGUCCAGGGCUCUUGUUUCCUUCGCAACUGCAAUACCUCCACUUUUUCAAUUGCUUGCAAUCAAAUUCGUACCCGUGACUGCACUGAACUGACAAUUUUUCUCUAUUCCCAAGCUGACCCUCAUAUAGAAAAAUCAUUCGGCAUUAAAUUUGCUCCUUAUAAUUUCUCAUACCCUCUCCAAGACAAGCACUUUCAAGCAGCAAAACUAAACCCAAACGCUAAUAAAUGAAGCGUGGUCUAUGAUCACAAUUCCAGUGAAGGUGAAGGACAUUUUGAAUAUUUACCUCCUAAUCAGUUCGUUGAAGAAUCCAAAGAUCUCUCCGGUUUACCACCUCCAGUCAAUCCAGUCCAGAGAAGUGUGAUGUAUGGAGGAAACAUCAGAGAAGAUAUAAUCCCACCUAGGGCUGCCAAAAAUAUUCAGAAUCCUAUACCUGUGAGAAGAGACUUACCACCUCCAGCUAUCACAAAUCCUACAGAUAACCAAAAUUUGUCAGCGCAGGAAGAUAGAAGAUAUGUCCCUUUUAAUUCACCUAAGAUGGGAGAAGUGUCUCAGGUUGAAGCAAAAAUUCAAAACCAAGUACAAUUAAAUGCUAAUAUUUCUCAAAAUGAAGAUUUAGGCAUUAUACAAGUUCUAACAUAUAACUACAGGCAAGGCCAAGGAUUUGAAUAUGAUUAUACAGGAGUGACAAGUUUUCCAAAUGAAAUUAUUAGGGGAACAUUAGAAUCUCUGGAUGUGAUUGUGAAGCCGUUUAAUGAGAGCUUGAACUUGCUUUUCUUGUGCUCCAUGCUCGUUGUUAUUGGCUUUUUUGUGCUGUUUUUACAAUUUUUUAUAUUGAGGAUGACAUCAGAAUGGAGAAAAGAAGCUUGGGCUAUAGUUAUUGUGUUUAUUUGUAUCAGUUUUAUUGUGCUUCAGGUAAUUAUUUUCUUAAAAAAAAGAAAUAUUUCAAAGGAUGGAGAAAUUAAGGUGUUGGAGUUUGUAACGCAGGAGAACAGUAAAUUCUACGAGCAGAAAAAAGCUACAUUAAAUGCAACGCUAAAUAUGGUGAGAAUUGAGAUUAAGUAA